AUGUUGUACGAACACACCACCGACAUCAGCAGCUCUCGUGGGGCCGCCGUCCGCUACCUAGUUGCAGCAGCCACGAAGAACACCUUGCAAACGACCCUCCAGACGUUAGAAAAAAUAGCCACGCAGUCGGUUGAACUGCACCGUUUUAUUGUCAUGGCGGCAGUUUCAGCGAUGUGGAAAUCACCGCAGAACGAGGAUAAGUGCAUCCUGGCUUCCAAGAUUGUGUGUGCGGCACUGGAAAAGAGCAACGCUCUCACAUUGGUUGGGACCGCCGUUGAGGAGUCACCGACGUUAGUGACGACGGAAAUGCUUACAAAUCUCAUGGUAAAGGAUCUGAAACUCUCACCUGUUCAGCAGCUGCAGUUUUCCAUGGGACUUUCUCUUGGCGGCACCAAGGGCAAAGAGGCGGCAACGGGGUUUCUGAACUCGUUUAGUGUUUCCCAAGCCAUAUUGAAGGAUGACAACGGUAGCAUGUGGGCCUUGGGCAUUCUGGCACGUCAGGCUGGUAACGUGGAGUCUCUCGGUAAACAAUUAACCAGUGCAUUUACCAGUGUGACGUCGUUCUCGACUAAUGGCGUCGCCGACACGCACGUUAGUCUGUCCAAAACCAUACAAGAGCUUGGAACCGCGUGUGUGGCGACGCAGGCUGAUUGUCGGGAGUUACUUAGCUUCUUUCCACAUCCCUUCACGGAGAGUGACGUGGCGGAGGUGCUAGGCUUCUUUGCCUCGCAGGGAAGUGCGCCGUCUGACAUCAACACCUACAAUGCCCUGAUGUCUUUGGCCGGGAGGGAGCCCACGAAGACACAGCACAGCGCCACCAUUUCACCUAUUCCUCUGCUUGAGCUCUUGCAGGAACGGAGUUCGACCAAGAUGGAUUGGGACACCAUCCUCCGCCUGCUGGAUAAACCUGGUGAGGAGGCCUUCAAACAAAAGCACGUUGCCAUCGUCUUUGACGCAUACUACAAAUUUAAAGGAACUGAGACACCAGGCACGUAUCCGCCGGUGACAAUAUUUCUCGGUCGUUGGAGCAACGUUGGGCGCCAACGCAGCGCCCUUGAAUACAUCUUGAAACAUCCCGAGAAGGUCUCGCUGCAAUGCUUGUCACGGGACCAGAUGGCACCGGCAGAGUUUUUAGAAGCCGCUUCCGCAGCACAAGCGGCAGCUUCUCCAGCGGCAACAACGGGCACAACGCGUUUGGCCGAAAGCGACUUAUGGCGCUUUUUUCCCGUGGUAGAAGCUGCCGUGCAUGUCGCUAGCCGUGACCGCAAAUUUGACAUGGAAACUCUUCGCCCCGCUGCAGAGAGGCACCCUUUGCUCCUGUUUUCCAUUUUACUCUUUGGCACAUUUCCGGGAACGGUGAAAAACUUCAGUACGGCGAAGUUGAUACUCAAGGAGCGUUGGCUUGCCCUGGACCGUGUCGCAGCUGUCGUCUUGCCAGAGUCGGAGAAGCGUGGGCGCCUUGAUACCGUCGUCAUGGUCUUGUCAGAGCUGACCAUGGUGGACCCAAGUUGUACGAUUGAGGUGAUGGAGACGGUGCUGAGGUCUAAGACGGCUGUCAAGGCAUUCCUCGCAAGCGGCGGUAACCCACGACUCGUUACGGCCAUUGCAAUGUGUGUGGACGAUGUUGCCGAGCCCGGCGACACGUGGAUCAGCAAAGCACUUGAAGGGAAGCUGCACUUUCGUGCUAACGCCGCCGAAAAUCGGUUUGCUGUGGCCAUGUCUAUUGUUGAGGUGGCAGAGCAGCUAAUCAUCAAGCAAAAAUAUGUGCCCAACGCGACAGCGGCGCUUAACAUUUUCCUAGCCUCGUCAUUGAAGGAUGUGCUACGUGAUGUGGCAGAACAGGCACGUGCCUUGUUGGCUUCCUCGGACUCACUUUUUCCCUCGGACGUUGAAAAUGAUGCAAAUGAGUUUUACAGGCGCAUGUACGCCAUGGGAGAUCCUACAAUUGCUGCCUCGCUUGCAUUUAUUGAACAGCUACGGAAAAGCUCCAAGGCCCGCGAUAAGCAGUUGUACGCCUGUAUUUUGAGCAUCAUGUUCGAGGAACACGGUGCGAUUGGUUGCUAUCCACACAAGGAACUGCAGAUGUUUGCCGUGCUGUACGGGCAAAUGAUUGCACGGGAACUGCUGCCACACAACCAGCAGCAACAUGCGUGGGGUCUGUUGCUUCCCACCAUUGUCAAGCCCAAGGACCACAUGGUGGAGGAGUGCGGUAUCAUCUCCCUGGAGCAGAUCAAACCACGGUUGGCGGAAUGGCCGCAGUAUGGGCGUGCGCUGCGCCACGUGAAGGAUCUUGAUAUUAAAAUUCCAGGCAUUAUGGCAGCUAUCAACCGCGGCAUUAAGGCAGAGGAAGCCGCUCGCCAGCAGCAGAAUCGGCAGCCGCCGCCGCCCGAGAAACCAGUGACGAAGGAGGCGGAGUCACUGCUCUUGGAUCCGGCUGUGCUUGCGGUUAGCACCGAGCGCCGUGAUGCGAUAGCAGCAGCGGCAGAUCAGCAUAAGGAACGCUCCGCCGCAGCGACCUUGCACCAGCACGAUAUUGGAACGCUGCUGUCGUCCAGGAACAUCACCGCCCCCCCGCGCGUCAUUCAGGAGCAGAUAAACUUCCUUAUUGGUAACACAGACAAGCACAAUAUUGAGCACAACGCCAGUGAGCUUGCCAAGCAGUUGCGUCCAGAGUAUUAUGAAUACUUUGCGGAGUACCUUGUGAUCAAGCGGGCGGCGCUUGAGCCAAACUACCACAACAUCUACCUGGAACUUCUGGAUAAACUGCAGUCAAAGCCGCUGGAGAAGGCGAUACGCAACGCGACAGUUGCGUCCAUCAAGCGACUGCUAAACUCCGACAAGAUCCGCGCAGACCCUGGUGAGCGCAGCCUAUUGAAAAAUCUCGGUUUUUGGCUGGGACAUCUGACGCUUGCGAAGAACAUUCCUAUCACGGUGCAAGACCUUUGCUUUAAAGACCUGAUCUUUAUGGGUUUGCGAGAGGGGAAACUCAUGGCGGUGGUGUCAUGCGUCUCACGUGUGUUGCACCACUGCAUGAGCUCGCACUUCUUUUGUCCGCCUAAUCCGUGGACGAUGCGGCUGCUGUGUCUGCUGUGGGAAAUGUACAACCUGAAGCACCUGCGUGUGACACUGCGGUUUGAGGUGGAGGUGCUGUGCAAGCACAUGAAUGUGACACUGAAGGAUAUUGAGCGGUACUACACGCUCCACCCCAUCAGCCCCACCGCGCAGCUGUGCCUGUCGGACGUGUACAAGGAGAUUAACUUUAACCAGAGCGGCGACUUCCGCGUGGAUGAAAAGGACGUCCAGGAAUCCUCCCCACUGAUGGCGUCGCAACAGAAGCCGCAGCAACAGCAACAGCAACAGCAACAACCGCAUGCAGUUCAACAUGUGCCGCAAGAGCAGCAGCAGCAACAACAGCAGCAGCAGCCGCGCCAGACUCGCCAGCUGCAAGCCAGUGCAGAGCCGUUCAAGCCAAAGGAUACCAUGCCGGUUGCAAGCGCCAUGCCUAGUGGGGAUAGUGUCGUACCGAGCCAUCCAGCGAUUCACAUUACGCCAGAGAGUGUGCGGAUAAGUGACGAAGAUGUGAGCUUUUUUGCAAUUUGCCUGGACGCGUACAGGACGUCGCUUGUUCGCACGCUUGAAAAAGUUGUGCAAGAUGCAAAAGUGCCGCUGCAGCGUAUAGUGGUGGUCGCCACGGUGACGGCGUGCAGUAUAGUGACGAAGGACUUUCUGCUUGACCAGGACAUGGGAGGCAUGCUGCGCGCAGGUCAGUCAAUGGCGCGUUCGUUGGCGGCAAACUUGUGCACCGUCACCGUUCGUGAUAUCAUGAUCGAGCCGUUUAACAAACACGUCGCCGUGCUUGCGGAGCACUUUAUCGACGCCAGUGUUCCCAACGCGGCGGAGCGACGCGAUCGACUCCGCACUAGAGUGCGGGAAAACAACAUGGAGUUGUGUGUCCGCGUGUUGGAGUACCAGGCAGCGGAGGAGGCUGAAAGGCGGGUCCACGACAAGCUGAUGCAGACGGUGAGGGAAAAGCUGGAGGCCAUUAAUGCUCAUGAAUUUCCACGCAUCCCCAACGAGUACUACGCAGUGCAGGACGUCUUAAUGCAGAUGGGUGAGGUGCUGCGGCCCCCACGCAAUGUCCCACCCCUGCAGCGCGCGGUGUAUGAAGAGUAUAGAAACAACGUUCCCAUCGUAGGGCUUUUGGCAACGUACCUGAGCACCAUUGAGGAGGGCACCGUGGCGCACUACUCAAAGGAUAACUGCAAAACCCUUUCACUCACAAGCCCUGAGUUUAGGAACAAAUUUUUGGAGGACAACCAAGACACCAUACGGGCGCGUGUGAUUAACUUAUCUAACAUGAUUACGAGUGGCACGGCCUUUUACUGUGUUGGUCAUCUGCUUAGCAAGCUGUUGGCACUCUCGGAUGCGAUGAAGCAGAUGGAGGCCAACGCGGCCAGCAUGGAUCCUAGCACCAUUCGCCAGAGAAAAGUCUGUGAGUUUUUUAACGAGGUCUACCUCUUUGUUCUGCAGACCUGCUUUGAGCGCGGCAAGGAACCCGUGCGAGAGGAACUGACACGGUUGUUUUUGCAAGACGAACGACGCUGGCGCGACGCCGACCUCGUCACCAAUCUGCUGCGCAUCAAGGUCAUCAACGUGGCGAGGCUCGAUGAGGCCCUCUCGAAGGCAAUUGAGGACACUCCGAUGUCAGGACCUGCAGUAGCCUUUGCUGGGAGCAUUAUCAGGAAGGCACUCAUUACAGAGAAACUUGUCGUCCCGAAAAACAUGAAAGACACACUGGCCCAACUAGAGAAGGUGGCCCACCCGCCACGGGCGGUGGCGGACAAGCAGCAGCAACAACCCCACCCGCAGCUGCAACACCCACAUCAACAACAACAACAGCAGCAGCAGCAGCGGCAACUCCCGGAAGGCGCUCCUGCUACCGCUGCUGCGGCAGCAGGAGGCCAGCCCCCCCCCUGUUAUUAA